AUGAUCCACGAAGCCAUGCGCUACACGCUCGUCAGCGGCGGCAAGAGGAUCCGCCCGGUGCUCUGCAUCGCCGCGUGUGAGCUCGUCGGUGGCAACGAGGAUACCGCUGUCCCCGCCGCGUCCGCCGUCGAGAUGGUCCACGCAAUGUCGCUCAUCCACGAUGACUUGCCCUGCAUAGACAACGACGAUCUCCGGCGAGGGAAGCCGACGAGCCACAAGGUCUUCGGCGAACACGUGGCAGUCCUUGCCGGCGACGCGCUGCUAGUGCGCGCGUUCGAGCACAUGGCGGCGUCAACGAAGGGCGUGCCUCCCAUGCGGGUGGUUCGCGCGAUAGGGGAGUUGGCAAAAUCGGUGGGCGCGGAAGGCCUUGUGGCGGGACAAGUGAUGGAUGUGAAACCGGAAGGGUUGUCAGGUGACGUGGGUUUGGAGAGAGUGGAGUUCAUUCACCUUCACAAAUCCGCGGCGUUGGUGGAAGGUGCGGUUGUGUUGGGAGCAAUAAUGGGGAGUGGGUCGGAGGAGGAAGUUGAGAGAUUGAGGAUGUUUGGUAGGUGCAUUGGGUUGAUGGGUCAGAUUGUAGAUGAUAUUCUGGAUGUUACUAAAUCGUCUGUGGAAUUGGGGAAGACGACGGGGAAGGACAUGGUGGCUGAUAAACUCACUUAUCCCAAGGUUCUGGGGCUUCAUAAGUAUAUGGAGAUUGCUCAUAAAUUGGUGGAGGACGCCAAGGAAGCCUUGGCUUUGUUUGAUGCCCAAAAGGCAGCUCCACUACUUGCCGUAAGUAAUUACAUAGUAGACAAAAUUAAUUAA